AUGGAAGACGACGCUGUGGGUACUUGCUCUGAUUUACUUGAACAGCUGAAGUUAUUUAAACCGCAGCAACAGGCCAAACGUACAGAUUAUCUUCAGUGGGAUGAAUAUUUUAUGUCUCUUGCAUUUUUAUCAGCUAUGCGCAGCAAGGAUCCUAGUACACAAGUCGGUGCCUGCAUAGUGAGUCAAGAUAACAAAAUUGUUGCAAUGGGAUAUAAUGGAAUGCCAGUGGGGCUUUCUGAUGAUGACAUUCCAUGGACUAAAGAUAAAGAAGAUGUUUUACAAAAUAAGUACCUUUAUGUCUGUCACGCGGAGCUGAACGCCGUUUUAAAUAAAAACGUUCUAAGUGUCAAGGGUUGUAGAAUAUACACAACCCUUUUUCCUUGUCAUGAGUGUGCCAAAGUUAUAAUCCAAUCUGGAGUCAAAGAAAUCGUCUACUUUGAUGAUUCGAAAGUAAAUACUCCUUCAAAUAAUGCUUCGAAAAUUAUGUUCUUGAAAGCGAAUGUAAAAUUGACCCCCUUUGUCAAAACCGGACGCAAAAUUAAUAUCUGUCUUAGCUGA